ACGAGCUGUCAAAUAACAAACUGUCAGAACAAUCAGCUGUGGUUUAAAAAACCGCCGAACGGCACAGGUACCAGAAAUCGCACCCCAUUAAAUGUUUCGAGAGUGCAAGGUGUCGAUCAAAAGUUUCCAUUAUGAAAGAUAUAACGUUUAUUUCUUCGAGUUAUAUUUCCCUGCGCGAAGCGUUCCUCAGCGUGCCGGUACCGGCGAAUCAGUUCAGCCUUCUAAUGCCCACGCAGGACAAUGAACCCGCUGGAUGUGAAACGUUGGACGACAUUUACGAAGUGUGUGCAAUGCAAAGUUUGAACUGCAGCUUGGAGGAGUUUCAGGUGAUAGACAAGCAACUGUUUAAUUGCAUUUUUGGAACGAAAUUUUCCACCCAUUUGCUCGGUGGCGGCCUCAAUAAGCUCAGUCUGUCAGAGCCGGCUGUAGUCACCAAAGCCAAGGAGCAAACGGUGUGCAAAACGCGCACCAUCGCUGGACGUCCUUCGUGGCGCAUUUCACUGGGUACGAAGCUAGACCCAAAGCCAGCAUCAGCUGCCAAGCUACCGGAGUGGUUAGUUGGAACGGAUCGUCAGAAACUUUACAAUAUGGAAGCACUAGACGGUACCGGAAAACGGCUUGACCUGAUGCUCAUGGGCGUAGGCGAGCCGAAAGUGUCCCGUGAGAAUGGUAAGGAGAACCGUGUCGCCAAAUCGAACGAAGGUUUAGGGAAGAAUAUCAAGCAGCAUAUCGCUAUACCCCCAAAAGCUGUGCCGGCUAGCCAUACUCAAGGCAAUGUUCCGGUUGUCAGGUCAACGCGAGAAGCCUUGUUAAGCAUAGGGUUGAAUGAAAACGUUACCCUGCUAUCGGACAAACUUAUGCAACAUUUUAACAAACUAUCUAACGUUGGCGUUCCAGUACUGAGAAGCAACAGUGGGCCAAAUAUAGGCGUGAAAAUGCGCCGGAAACAGCAGCUAGGUGCACCUUCUUCCAUCACUGCACCUACGUCAGCGAAACAGAGAAGAAUGUCCACCGGGAAGGAUUUGACAGGCGAUCGGAGGGUAGUCCUUAGUGCAGAUACUUCCGCACUGUACAAUGAUGAAAACGCAAACGUCUGCCAAGCGGGGGUCAAAGAUAGUCGGAAUACUCGUAAAAACGUUUCCAAGCGAAUUUUGCGAAAAUCAACCAUUAAUCAGAAAACAGUAGGCCACACUAGAGAGCGAACAAACGGCAUGAAACGAUAAAUCAGUUAACUUAAAAUCGAUUGUAAAUACUUUAUGCGGCACUGGUGAGCCUACUAAUAAUAAGUGUUGACAAUUAUGAUUUUGGAAUGAAUAA